GAAAUGUUGUGGUGAGAGGAUGCUGAAUCUGCCACUGAAUGCAGAUGGUUACUCCAAACUUGUUGGCCAAGUCUCUAGCAUUGGGAAAUGAGGAAUACCUUGAUUAAGAUGAAACUCAUGAACCUGAGCAGGAAGUGGUUUGUGAGCUUUUCAAGAUAGGAACUGCACAAGCCAGUUCAAAAGAGUUCCCAGCAAUAUCUGGUACAAGCUACAGCAGAAAAAUUAGUGCAAAGGACUCAGCCACAGAGAGUGAGCCACUUCUCUGCUCUCUGAAUUUUCCAGAUGUACCAUGGGACUGCUUCUUCCUCAUACAUAAUAGUAGAACUCACUGCUCUGUGACCUGCAGUGGAGGGCAGCAUUGAAGCAAAGGAUUUAUUAAUGAAAUAUGAUGAGGUAUGUACAUUUGAUCUUCCUGUCUCCCUUCCUCUCGGUUUCCAUGACAUCUGAAACAUUUGAUGCAAUGGAAGGUGAGGCUUUAGUUAUAAAAUGUCCCCGAUGGAAUUCAUCUUUGAAAGUCACCUGGUAUCACACGAAUACUAAUAAAAUAAUUCCUGCAGAAGAAGAGGGAUCACGAAUAUUUUCCUUAGAACGAUUUCUUUGGUUUCUGCCCAGUUCUAGAGAGGAUGCUGGAAACUACACUUGUGUUAUACAUUUUUCAAAUAAUCGCACAAAGUCAUUCAACAUGAAUGUGCAGGUGCAUCCAUACAAACCAGGAGUAUGUUUCCCAAGCCAGAUUCGUUACCCAAAUGACACUGGAAGAGGAAAAAUUGUUUGUCCUACAAUUGACAAUUAUAAGAAUGCUACUAUCAUCCAGUGGUAUAAGGACUGCAAACCUCUUCAGGGACAGAGAUACUUCAAAAAUGAUAAAUAUAUUUUUAUUGCCAACCCAAGAAAGGAGGAUGAUGGUUAUUAUACUUGUCAGUUUACCUACACUCAUAAAGGAAAUGUGUUUAAUGUAUCAGCAACAAGGAUUUUCAUAAGUAAGGAAAAACAUUCACCUCUGCCUCCUCAAAUUUUGUUUCCAAAGGAUAAAGGUGUCAUAGAAGUGGAGCUUGGUGCCACUUUGUCUCUGAAAUGUCAGGCCCGCUUGGGGAUUAAGAAACAGGCAUUGGCUUCUGUCACAUGGGAUGUAGAUAAUAUUCCAGUGAAAUACUUAGGUUUGUCAAGAUUUCAUGAAAAAACUCAUUUUUUUGAAGGACGUCAGCACGAAUUUUACAGAGAGACCGCUUUACUUAUUACUGAAAUAAAAAAGGAAGAUCUGCAGGCAAAUUUCACGUGUGUAGCAGUGAAUGAAAUGCAGAACACAAAAGUCACAGUGACGUUACGACUCAAAGCACAAUAUGAGGGGGUUCUUCCUAACGUCCUCUUGAUCGUAGGAUCUCUAGUUCUGCUAGUUGCAAUAGCAGUAUCUGUUACACUUUAUCAGGCCUUCCGAGUUGACAUUGGCCUAUUGUAUCGGGAGAUAUUUCAGCCCUACCCAGUCAAGGACGAUGGGAAGAUAUAUGAUGCAUAUGUUAUUUACCCCAAAAGCCACGCCAAUGAAGCUAAUUUUGUGGAAUAUUUUGUUUACCAAAUCAUGCCUGAUAUUCUAGAAAACAAAUGUGGAUAUAAACUGUGUAUUUAUGGGAGAGAUAUAUAUCCUGGAGAAGAUACAGCCAGUGCAAUUGAGAAGAGGAUGCAGAAGAGCAGACGGCUGAUCAUCCUUCUGACAAACCAGCUGAUUAAUUGUAAAGAAUAUGCUUAUGAUCAACACAUCGCUUUAUACAAUGCUCUCAUUCAAAAUGAUAUAAAGGUGAUCCUGUUGGAAAUGGAGACAAUCGGGACUUAUGAGAAGCUUCCUGAGUCCCUUAGGUUUAUUAUUAAGCAGCAAGGCACCGUCAAAUGGAAAGAGCAGCACACUGUGCACCCACAGUCAUCUAAUUCUAAGUUCUGGAAACAGGUGAGGUACCAUAUGCCACUGAGACCCAAGUCCUCAUACUCGGCUAAUGCCAGAUGAAGAGUCUGAAAAUACUGUUACGCUGUCAGGAUGGACCACAUGCCAACAACUCUUUCCUUUCAGUAGGUACACAAUUUUACAGUCUGGCAGUCUGGCUGCAUUUUUGAACUUUUUUCAUUCCUUCAUGAUGAUAAGGUAAACUGAUGGAAGAGGUCUGGGGAACUAAGGGAAGUUUUUAUGGGUGUGAAAGUUCUGUAAAUAACUCAUUCUAGGCUGUGUGCAGAAGUUUGCAUGUCGCAGGAAACAAAAAGUACCUAUGCUCUUUCUGUAUGUUGUUGUGCAUGUAACUGGAAGUUAUGACUCCGAAUAAGUGAAUACCCUGCAGGUUUGCUUUACCUUUCUAAUGCUGUUGAUCAAACAUAAAUAUCUCCUGUAUUAUUUCAUUAGAAAGUAUAAUGUGUAUUAUGCAACCAGAAAGCAUAAUGUUGUGCUUUUGUUAUUUUUUUCCACCACUUAUUUGUUUUUGAUUCAAUAGUAAUAGUCAUACCAUGAAAUUCUAUUUUUCCUUAGUACGGAUGCCUUAGUAAAGGCUCUUUUGAGACUGAUAUGAAUACAGCAUUUACAAGAAAUGCAGUGUUAAGGGAAAUAAAUGCACUGAUGUAUGUGUAUAUGCAUUUUUUUAUAUUUUUAAAAUACAUAUUAAAAUCAAUCUCACACAAAAGAGAGAUUUUAAAUUUUUCAGGUACAACAGACCAUGCUGUUACUGUUAUUAUAUCCAGAGAGAAAAAAGAUCUUAAACUUUAGGGUGUAUUUUGUAUACUGAUAGCAUUUCUUCAAGCUGCUGGAAAAAGAGACUAUAUUUUUGUAACAGUAUCCACUUUUUAUUUUUCCUCUGCUUUGACCUUAUGGUUAGUUAUACUUUUUUCUGAUAGGGAACACCUUGAGAUGCAAAGGUCAGAGCCAAAUCUCCUCCUAGUUCAAGGGAGUAUGAAUAAAAUGGGUUCUAGUACAGAUGUCCUUGCAAACUUUUAUCUUUUUAUCUUCUUAAAACCAGAAAUUUUCUUACUGUCAGAAAAGGCUUAGUUUUGAGCUUCAGGCUUGCUACCGAAUGAACUUAAAAAACGAAAAUUAGAUGCAGAACACCUAAUGUUACGAAGUCCAGGCUUACAGAACAGGCAAGUCCUUUCCUUUCACUGCAAGUUUUUAUAGAAUGUGGAAUUUCAGACUUAUGGAAAGCUAUUUGUAAUAGGAAAAAUAUGUAUGCAAUAUAUGUAGAGAUUCUUUUUCAACAUUAAAUUAAAAGAUCUAUGGCAAACUAAACAGGA